AUGCAUAAAUUCGGCAAUGCUGCAAUAUACAUGAAAGGCAGGGUUAGAAACCAAGAAGUUUACCAUUUUUCAAUGCCUUGGAAUUCAGUCAUGGACAUGAUGAUGAUGGAGUUUCAUUCACAUGGUAUAACCAUUCAAGAGAUUGAAAAUGUUCUUCACAGGCUUCCAAUUCAUCACAGAAUCAUACCUGCAAUCAAAUCAGCGCAUGCUUUAGGGUGUGAUUUGAGGAUUGUGAAUGACGCAAAUAUGUUUUACGUUGAAACUAUUUUGAAGCAUUUGGGAAUAAUCGAAUGCUUCACGGAGAUUAACACUAAUCCAGGUUAUGUUAAUCAACAAGGAAGGGUUAGAAUUUCGCCUUAUCACAACAUUCAACAGUAA